UCACUCUUAGAAAACCGCUAAAACCAUCCCAAACCCAAAGCCUUAUCCCCUCAUUCUCUCUCUCCUUCCCCAAAUGCACUUCCACUUCUCCUUAGUAUAAUAUUUUUCAAAUUUCACCUCCAAUGGCUGGCAUUUCCAUACACUACUUACCUUUCAAUUCUAAAUUCACUCUCCCAAUUCCCCGUCCAUCAAUUUCUCGCUCAAUUAAGGCGUCGGUAUCGUCGCAACCGCGGAAAACCAGAAGAAGAAAACAGACACAGCAGCAGCAACAUCAGUUGAAGACGGCGGAAGAUGACGGUUCUAUGGCAUCCGGAACUGAAAAAGUGUUGCGGCUUGUUUUUAUGGAGGAAUUGAUGGAACGCGCUCGAAAUGCGGAUUCUAAAGGUGUAUCUCAAGUGAUUUAUGAUAUGAUUGCUGCUGGUCUCUCCCCUGGACCUCGUUCUUUCCAUGGAUUCGUUGUUUCUCAUGUCCUUAACCGCGACAAUGAUGGCGCUAUGCAUGCUCUUAGAAGGGAGUUGAGUGAAGGUCUUCGGCCUCUACAUGAAACAUUUUUGGCAUUGGUUCGUUUGUUUGGUGCCAAGGGUCUUGCUACGAGAGGCUUAGAAAUUCUUGCAGCAAUGGAGAAACUGAAAUAUGACAUUCGCCAAGCUUGGCUGGUUCUUGUUGAGGAGCUUGUACGGAGUAAUCAUCUAGAAGAUGCCAACAAAGUGUUUCUCAAGGGUGCUGAGGGUGGACUCAGAGCAACUGAUGAGAUCUAUGAUCUCCUAAUAGAACAAGAUUGUAAAGUAGGAGAUCACUCAAAUGCCUUAACUAUUGCCUAUGAAAUGGAGGCUGCUGGCAGAAUGGCCACUACCUUCCAUUUCAAUUGUCUUUUGAGCGUACAGGCUACCUGUGGGAUACCUGAAAUUGCUUUUGCGACAUUUGAGAACAUGGAAUACGGUGAAGAUCAUAUGAAACCUGAUACCGAGACAUAUAAUUGGGUUAUCCAAGCAUAUACAAGGGCUGAGUCCUAUGAUAGAGUGCAGGAUGUUGCUGAGCUACUGGGGAUGAUGGUUGAGGACCAUAAACGUGUGCAACCUAACGUGAGAACCUAUGCUUUGUUGGUUGAAUGCUUUACCAAGUAUUGUGUGGUACGUGAAGCUAUCAGACAUUUCCGUGGUCUAAAGAACUUUGAAGGUGGAACACAAGUGCUUUAUAAUGAUGGGAAGUACGGGGACCCACUUUCAUUGUAUCUUCGUGCUCUAUGUAGGGAAGGUAUGCAUAUAUAAAUACCAAGGACAUUU